ACUCUUAUCUAUGGCAUGACCUCCACAUUGUUUAGGAUUUCACAGAUGCUUCACGAGUAUACGAUAAUAUUAUUUACAUUAAACACCGGCCAUUAAAACUGUUUUACCGAUUGUACACAAAAACCAAUAAUAAUAGGCUAUCACUUGCAGAUUUCUCGUAAAAUAGUAGUAUGUUAUGAAGUAAGCCGGUCGAAUGUCAUCGCGAGUAGAGUCAACGAACUCGAAAUUAAUUUAGUACAUGCAGAUAAAAAGUCGUAAUUGUUUUUUGCACCGAUAUUUAGUAAAGAAUUAUCUCGGGAUGCUCAGUGCCGGUCGAGGUGACACUUUUAUUGCUCGUGCUUUAUUGCGCGGAUAAGUCUCCAAUGAGAAAAUGCUAUUUGAAUCCCUCCGUGACAAUGGCUUGGAGUUAUUUCGCGUUGUGCGUCACCCUGGUGUGUCGAGCGACUGCGGCCGUCAGGAUUAAUUUCACCAGCUGCCAACAACCCGAGUGGCACUGCUUGAACAACGUCCCCAGUGAGAUCGUAUACUCCUGCGCGCUCGUUAAGAGCAAUGACUUCAUAAUACACCUCAAGGACUACUAUACAGAUCACAUAAGAAGCGUAACCGUUCAAAAUUGUAGAGAUUUACGUGUGGUGUUAGACUGCCCUAUUCUGCAAUGGGCCUCGCAACUCCAAGAGUUCAAAGUGAAAGACUGCGACAGACUAGAGUUCGUGUCGUUAUCAAGUAAUUCGUUACUGCAAACGCCGCCUGAGGUGACGAUAGAAAAUGUAAGAGAAAUCGUUUCAUUCCCGAAAAAGCUGUUUAAGUCCCCGACGACAAUGAGUGAGUUAAAGUGCGCGGGAUCGACAACCUUACGAAAAAUACGAGUUACAAACAGUAAAAUAAAUUCUAUAAAUACGAACGCAAUUUACAACGUCACUGGCAUGAAGAGCAUAGAGUUUGAAAAUGUAACAAUAAUUAAUAUUCAAAACCAGGCGAUAGAGGCCAUUAUGGGCAACGAUAACAGUAUGUUUACUAUAAUCAACAGCAAUAUUGAUAACCUGGAUUUCAAAGGUAUUACAGUACAUAGUGCUUCGGUUACUAUUUCACAAAGCACAUUUGGGGACAUCAUUGGGAGCGCUUUAAAUAUAACUGCAGACUAUUUAUACAUAACAGGAAACACGUUCAAAGAAAUCUGCGCAAAUGGUUGGAUACUAAAGUCUGGUAACGCCGACAUAACAAAUAACGAUAUAAGCGCUUUGAAACGCGGCGCAUUCACUAACGUUAAAUGUGCGUGGAAGCGAAUGAAUAGAAAAUGGUUCACGUUCUCAAGGAAUAGGAUUGAAAGUAUCGAAUCACACUCCUUAGUUAUGGACUACACCAGCUGCAAAACAGCUGGCACAGUAGUCACAUUUACCGAUAAUAAAUUCGAUUGCAAAUGUCGAAAUAUUGCUUUCUUGAACACAGCGGCAGUAAACAGCGAAUUCAGCAAUUUGAUAUUUGACGUGAAGUAUAAUAACACCUGUUUCAACGCACCAUGUAUGCUCCCAGUAGACGUAAUAAAGAUGUUAAUAGAAAGUGACAUGUGCCAGUUAAAACUUGACUCUCAAGUCAUGUGUCUGCUAUACAACGACAAACACUCAAACAAUGAAGUAACGGUCAACGAAGACUUUACAGAACCGACAUCAACCUUCUACGUCAUCGGUCACGCUAACCGGAAUGGAGACGCUAGCGCAGCUAUGACGGCUAUAGACAAAGAUAUACUCAGAACUAACAAUCUAAAUAUGACUAACAGAACCGCAGUCAAAGUUGUCUUCGAUUCUUCAAGAGACUUCGUUGAGACUUUAAGAAGUACGGGUACACACAGUAGACCUACCGAAGAAGCUAAGGCUCCGAAUAAUGUAUACGUGAAUAGAUGUGUGGGAAAUCAUUGUAGGAAUAACGCAUACGACAAACAAAAAGCUCUGGAUUUCUACAAGUACGUGUACGCCCAGCUUAGGCAGCCAAAGCAAAACGAUGUUAAGAAGAAAAAGACUUAAAACAUAUAAUAAAUAUAGUUUCUUAUUUAA